AUGAGGCACGGCCAUACAACUGGUCUCACCAAGGAGUACAAAGACGCCGCUGCGGCCACACCAGUGAUAGUCGUUGGUAAUAUUGAGGUAGCAGUUUUGGACCUGCGCUGGGCAACUGGACAAGAGGUGAUACGCUGGAUGUUGUUUACCUCAACGAGUUUGAAGAGAUGGACAUUGGCAAUUGCACAACGGGGCGAUUCGAGGUUAAUUGUAAGACCUCGGACAGAGCAGAUUGAGGGUCAGGGGUUGACCCGAAUGAGCAACAGGAAACAAAUUUUAGAUCGUAGACAAUCUGGUCUGAGUCAUGAUGGAACUUGA